AUGGCGAAGAUGCAUCGAUCGCCGUUGGCGGUGUUGCUGCUGGCAGCCGCGUGCUACGUUCUGAGCCUUGUGCCGGGCUUCGUUGCACCGGCGGAGGUCACCCAUGCGGCCCAUGCCAGUGCGGAGGCAGUCGUGGCAGGCAUCGCACCACUCAAUGAGGCAAGCUCCGUGCUCACAGCAGACCUGUCCCCGCUGGAGAACCCCAACAUCACCUUCGUGGUGCUGCUGUCCAUGUUCUCCAUGUCCAUCGCCCUGGUGGUGUGGGGGCGAAACGGCUUCUGA